AACAAAACAAAGAUCCUUGCAAAGUUAAAGAUUGUGAUAAUAAUGAUGUUACUCAUUAUCAUAAAUUUACUACAUAUGCAAAAGAAAAAUUAAUUGCAAAAAUACAUUUGAUGAAUAUUAUUAAUGAUAAAUGGAAAGAUAUUACAAUUGAUAUUAUAAAUGAUGAGAUUAUUUUAAAUAAAGAUGAUUUUAUAAAAUUAAUUAAUAGAACAAAUCAAUUAGAAAUAUUUCAAGCAGAAAAUCAAAAUUUAAAUAGAGAUUUAAAUAUUUUAUCAUCAACUUUAAAUUUUGAAAAUAAAUUAGAUUUACUUUCAAAAAUUCUUUUUAAAAAGCAAAGAAGAUUAAAUAAUCCAAUAGAAUUAGAUCUUAAAAAAUUUUUAGAAUUAAUUACAAAGUCUAAUUUUUUACUUGAGGGAUUUUUUGAUAAAAUUUUUAAUGCUAUAAGUCCAAGAAAUAUUAGAUGUUUUUCUACUAGAUAUCAUUCAUCAUUUCCACCUAUAUUAAAACAAUGUGAUGCUUAUAAAAAAGAUCUUGUUGAAACUACAGAAGAAAAUAAAUUUAUUUUAAUUUGUGGACAUGGAUAUCAUUUAGAUU